AUGUUAGGAGUAACAGAUCAAGCCCCAGUGGACACCAUUCCAGAGAAUUCAGAAACUGAGCAAGCAUCGGCACUUGUUAAUAAAGAGGAGGACGAGACGGCAGCGUGUGAACAGCCACCGGAUGGCAUACGUGGUGCAGGAAAACUACAGGAGAGGCAACCACCCGAACCCGUACGGCAGCCAACCUCAGACGAUGAAUACGACACAGAUUUGGAAGUGGAAGAGGAGAAGAAGACUUACAAUUUAUCAGCCCAUACGAUGUACCUAGAAGUGUGCAGAACGUUCGGAUUAAUUCCUGUAAAGUAUUUCCUGAAUAAUGUGCACAGCACCCAUUUAAAGAUGAGGCAUCAUGGACUAGGAGCUCAAGGGGCAUUCGCCAUUUCCGUACCACUACUGACAAACACGUCUGUGAACUUUCUGGAUCUGGCUGACAACUGGCUGGAGGAGGCUGGUGGUCGGGCUAUAGCGGACAUGUUAAAGGAGAACUUGUACAUUACAGAGCUGAUAGUGUCACAGAACAAGCUGGGUAGUGAGGGAGCCCGGUACUUCUUUGAGAUGCUGCAUUUAAACACAACACUAAUGACAUUAGACUUAUCAGAGAACUCUAUAGGGGAUUCGUGUGCGGAAGAAUUGGAAUCAGGUCUGUUGGACAACGGGAAUUUGACCGUCCUCAAUUUAGGCAACAACGACCUCGGAGACAAAGCCGGAAAGAGUUUGGGUCGUGUAAUUGCUGAGAAUGACGGCAUUGAGGACCUUGAUCUAAGUUGGAACAAAAUUCGAAGACGAAGUGCUGUAGCGUUGUGUGAAGGUCUUAAGAACAACAAUCGAUUGCGACGCCUGUCGUUAGCUUAUAACGGUUUGGGUAAUGAAGGGGCCAUAACUCUGGCAGACGCUCUAAAGUCAAACACUGGCUUAGCAGAUUUGGAUAUUUCUUGCAAUCGAAUUCAUCAACAAGGGGCUGAAGCACUUGCCAAAGGAAUAGAAUCAAACGAAUCACUUAAGAUCUUAAAGAUAGGUCUGAAUCCCCUAAGCUGUGUCGGAACAUUAGCCAUUUUAAACGCAGUCGGCUCAGAGAGAAGUGGAAUCACUUUAUUAGAUCUAUCCAGAAUAGAAGUCAACAAAGAAUUUGUCAUUCGGGAACAAGAAGUCGUAGAAGCCAAAAAAGUUCGGGUGAUACGUGGUCUUCAGUUGGAGAACUACGUCAUUAAAGGCCCGCCAAAGAGAAGCACUGGAAACCAAUCUAAUGAGUCUUUCUCGGCCGUUUGUGAUCCUGAGUAG